CCUGUUGCAACAUAGUCCACAGGUUGAUUUUGUAGCUCCAUUCGACCAGGUAUAAUCUCUAGUUAAUUAUUACAUCCCUGGUUGAACAUGUGAGGCUCCCCUGGCAACGACUAACGUAUAGCUACUACGGCCAAUGAGCUUCUUCAUCCCCUUCUACCCCACCAUCUCCACCGCCCCAAACGGUAGCGUUGAUGCUGGCAGCUGCAGGAAUAGCACCGUGCACGGCGCCAGCCCUGCAGCCAAAGAAGGAGGGGACAAGUUCAUGGCUGGCAGAUGCGGGUUGGAGGGCUCAUCACCAUUCGAUGCGCAAGGUUACCAGGCUUGCCAGGAUAUUGAUACGGCAUCCCAGGCUUCUUCCGAUAACGGCAGCUGCCCCAUUAGCAUGUCAAUAGCCGUGGCCAUAGACAAGGACAAAAACAGCCCGCACGCGGUGCGGUGGGCUGUUGACAACCUCACCGUCAACCACCCGUAUAUUACACUCAUCCAUGUCAAUCGCAAGAUACCAAAUGGCAAUGCAAUUGAGGGAAAUCCAGUGGAUAGACGCAAUCUUUUCGGUAUUUACCGUUCAUAUUUAACCCGCAAAGGGGUACAAUUGAACGAGGUUGUUAUCGACGAGACUGAUGUCUCGAAAGCGUUACUGGAGUAUAUCGCGAAUAACUACAUAACCAACAUGGUUGUUGGUGCAUCGACCAGGAAUGCUCUUACUAGAAAAAUGAAACACGUCGAUGUCUCAAAUGUCCUCUCGAAAUCGUCCCCCGAUUUCUGCAGCGUCUAUGUGAUCUCGAAAGGGAGGGUUACAUCGGUAAAACAAGCCCGGAGGUCCGCGGUCAACACUGCCACGCCCCCCAGGACCCCGACUUCUGGGGCAUCUGCGCACCCCGCAUUUGGUUCGAGAGAGGCACUUCGAGCGACCCGUACACGUCGAAGAAGCACGGGAUCAGAAUUACUGGCUGCGGAAAAGAAGAGCAUCACAAUAGCAGGUGAGAGGGAUCGAAAUGGUCUCGGUCAUUUCUCUCUGGACAAUCUGGAUAUCCCAAUCCGGAUGUUGAGGUCACCGGGCCGGGAUUCCACAUCCGAUUUUAGUGAAAGCGAAUUCCCAAGUCCUCAAUCCUUCGGGUCAAUUGAUCUCAGCGGUGAUACGUUGGACUUAAGCAUGAGCGAAAGUGAUUCGCCAACACGUUCCUCGAUAUCUCAGUCUUCCAGGGAACUCGAGGCCGAGAUGAAGAGGCUGAAGCUUGAGCUGAAGCAGACCAUGGAUAUGUACAGCAAUGCCUGCAAAGAAGCUAUAUCUGCCAAGAAGAAGGCUGCAGAACUUCAACAGUUGAAGAUGGAAGAGGCCCGUAAAUUUGCGGAGGCCAGGCUCGCUGAGGAGGCGGCCCUUGCUCUGGCUGAGAUGGAGAAGGCAAAGUGCAAAGCUGCCAUAGAGGCCGCGGAGAAGGCUAAAAAGAUGGCUGACGAAGAGGCUGAGAAGAGGAGAGAGGCAGAACUCAAGGCUAAACUUGAGGCGGAGGAGAAGGACAAAGCCUUAAGCAAAUUGCAUCAAAACGAUGUCUGGUACCGGAAGUACUCACUGACUGAAAUUGAAGAAGCCACCAACAAUUUCUCGAAAGAGAAUAAGAUUGGCGAGGGCGGGUAUGGGCCCGUGUACAAGGGCAAGCUUGAUCACACCCCGGUGGCGAUCAAGGUCUUACGAUCUGGCACCACCAAGGGAGUUAGGCAGUUCCACCAAGAGGUUGAGGUCCUAUUUUGCAUGAGACAUCCGAACAUGGUACUCCUCCUUGGGACUUGUCCCGAGUACGGGUGCCUUGUAUAUGAAUACAUGGACUUCGGCAGCUUGGAUGAUCGGCUAUUCCGGAGGGGCAGUAAUCCUCCCAUCUCAUGGAGAAGGCGGUUCAAGAUUGCAGCAGAGAUCGCAACUGCCCUCUUGUUCCUCCACCAAGCAAAGCCAGAGCCGCUGGUGCACCGGGACUUGAAGCCUGCAAACAUCCUACUGGACCACAACUACAAAAGCAAGAUUAGCGAUGUCGGCUUAGCGAGGCUUGUUCCACCUACAGUUGUGGACAGUGCGACUGGGUACCAUAUGACAAAUGCAGCAGGCACAUUUUGCUACAUCGACCCGGAAUACCAACAUACGGGAAAACUGACCACGAAAUCGGACAUUUACUCCCUUGGAAUACUGUUGCUUCAAAUGAUCACGGCAAAGCCCCCAAUAGGCCUCACCCACCAAGUCCAAAUGGCAAUAGCGGAAGGGAAGCUUGAGGAGUUGCUGGACCCCGAGGUUCGGGAAUGGCCAAUGGAGGAGAUGCUGGCCUUUGCCAAACUAGCCCUCGAGUGUGCGCAGCUCAGGCAAAAAGACAGGCCAGAUUUGAAAACAGUUAUUGUACCGGAACUGAACAGGUUCAGAGAUUUCGGGAGAAGUUCUGAUUCACGCAGAAGUAGCAAUCACAGUACUCCGAGGAGCCAUGGACCUGCAUCUGAUCCUGUGGUGAGGGAGCCGUCUGAGACGGGUCCAAAUCAGACUAUUAACCAGGAAUCACAAGCACAAUCAUCGCCUUGCUGAAGCAGUGGAAGAUGGUAGAUCUUGAGGUAGAGCUGCAUGAGUUCUUGACAGGCCUUGGGCAACUCGCUUGGCCUCAGGCUGGUGUCCAGAGUCCCAUUGGUUGUCAGAACAUGGAGGAAGAUUAACUGGAGAUGGACUGUACAAAGAUAGCGUUCAGAGCCGAUCGAAAGUGGCAGCAGCAGUAUAGCGUCAGUGGCAUCAACACCAGUAUUGGCGGUAAACGUUACAUGAGCGACCGAUCAACAUGCUCUCCCUCUUUCUCUCUCUCGGUCUAUUGACUGGAUGAAGCAUGGAAUGGGCAACACCUAGUUGAUUCAACCAUAUAUGCCUGAAGAAGCUGCAUUUCAAAGAGAGAUUCAAUGUCAAAGUCGUUCUUUGCCCGGAUUUGGGAUUCCUUCUUAUAUCAUAUCGUCGAAUCUGGUGUUUUGCCAUCUUGUACAUAUAUCAAGAACUCGAUUGGUUCAA